GAGGGAGACAUGGGGAGGUUGUGGGAGAAAAAAUCUCUCUGACUAACCUCAGAGAACAACAAAUCUGCUCAAAGGCGAGGGCUUGCACGAUUUUGUAAGCAGUGUGCUUGAAGAAACAGGCAGGAUUCAGCAGGCGGAGGGGAUGGCAUACCACUCCGUUCCUCUCUUCUGUCUUGUUAUGUCUUGGAAAUGAAAAUGGGAAUGCCUCAUACUUCUUAUCCCGGGAGACAAGCAAAUGCUGACUGAACAUGCUGGAAAGGAUUUAGUCGGGGUCUUUAGGCUCCACUGGGCCGUCCCAUUCUGGAGAUCUUGCCAAACAAGCAGAGAUUUGGAUUUGUGUUCUAGUUGAUUGAGAUACUGAAGCUGGGGGCUGCUCCCCAUCGCUGCUGGACCAGAGUUGAUUGCCCCAUGCAGGCUGCUUUUGUUGUGUGCACACCCUUUUUAACGUGGCCACUCUGUUUGCUAUGGUCCUGCCCCUUCGCUCCAGUACACGCCACAAAUUGAACAGGAGGACCAGCAUGGGAGGUUAAGAGAACAGCUAGCAGCAUGGGAGCCAAACCAAUGAAAUGUCUAAGCUCAUCCAGCCCUACACACACCCCCAAAGAGGAGUACAUCAUCGCCCAGUCUGAAGAGCAGGCUGAGACUGUGGGAAACCACACAGAGCAACCGCAGAGCAUCAAAGAAGAUGCAGGAAAAUCCUCAGUAAAUGAGCCAACUCCAGGCCCAGAGCAUGCUGGAACAGGGGAUGCGAGCUCCUGGGAAGAGCAGCUGUGUGCCCAGCAGGAGCAGCUGGAGAAGGAGAUGCAGGAGACCAGGAAGAUGGUGUCAAGGCUUCAGGCUUUGCUGCUUCAUGGGUCACUGCCUGAAGAUGAGCAAGCAGCACCUCUGUUUGGAGACAAUGUCUCCAAUGCAGAGCAGCAGCUGAUAUUAAUCCGUAGUCGUCUUGAUCAGAGCAUGGAGGAGUCACUGGAUCUGAAGAGAGAGCUGCUGAGAUACAAGCAAGAGGCACGCAACCUUCAGGCCGUUAAGGAUGCUCUGCAGCAGCGCAUGUCAGUACAGGAGGACUCAGUGCUGCAGCUCAAACAGGAGCUGCUUCGGUCCAGCAUGGCCAGAGAGGAGCUAGCAGGGCAGAAUGUGGAACUGCAAAGAAAGCUGAGCGAUCGAGAGAAACUGCUGAGCGACUGCAAAAAAGAAAUCGCUCAGAAGGACAAACAACUUCAACAGCAGCAGGCUAAACUGGACGAGUCGCUGCGCAAACUCAGUGAAAACAGUCACCAUACGUUGCCUGGUUGUGAGAACAAUGGCUACAGUCACAUGAUGGAGACAUCUUCUUUACCCUUUUCACAUGGAAUGGGUGAUGAACUGCAGCUGGUGCGAGACGCUCUGCGCAGUCUGAGGAACAGCUUCAGUGGUCAUGACCCCCAGCAUCACACGCUGGACACGCUGGAGCAGGGCGUGGGCAGCCUGAUGGACCGUCUCCAUGCCAAUGACUCAAAGAAGAGGCAGGACGGGAAGGGCUCAACCAAAUCUCCAGGACGACGAGCCAAUCAUACGGAUCGAGAAUCAUGGCCACCUACUUCCAAGAUAGCCCAUUCUCACAGCAGCCCCGUGCUCAGCGCAUCAGCCUCAACCAAAGUACUUUACUUCACAGACCGCUCCCUCACGCCUUUCCUAGUCAACAUCCCUAAAAGACUUGGUGAGGUCACACUUCAGGAUUUCAAAGCCGCAGUGGACAGACGUGGCAGUUUCAGAUAUCACUUCAAGUCUCUUGAUCCAGAGUUUGGAACAGUGAAGGAGGAGGUGUUCCAGGAUGAUGCUAUAAUACCUGGAUGGGAGGGGAAGAUAGUUGCCUGGGUAGAGGAAGACCACGGUGAGGGCAGGUAACUGAAGACUGAAGUGCAGCCAAAGUGAUCUGGGGACUGUCAUCACUUCAGUAUGUUCAUUUGGCUCGUGUAAAUACCCCAGCACCUCUCCGCUUUGAAGAAACUGCACCACGUCAUUUCAUAUCUUGCCAAGGCGAGUUUGUAGUGUGUUCACUUUUUGUGUGAGAACUGAUUCUAAGAACUGUUUUCAGCUAAAUAACUCUGGACAUUGCUUUGACUGUAUUGGUACUAUGAUCUGUAUUUCAUUUUUCUGUAAAAAAAAUCUUUAUAAGUUUAGAAAAGAGUGUUUUAUUAAAGAACACAAUUACACUGUAUAUUAAAAAGAAAAUAGGUACUUGUCAAGGAAUGAGUUUAUUAGUUGCCAAAAGACUUGUAAUGAACAUAGAGUGUUGCCAUGUGUGUUUCAGGUCACAGUUCACAAUGUCUUGCUGGAUUUUCUUGUUGACUCUAUUCAUGGUAAUAGAUUAUUCGUUUAAAACUGUUCCAAGUGAUUCCAUAGACAGACUUGCUGGCUGUCGUUUGAAACCAGAAGCUGGGAGAGAUGGGACCACCUUAUUUGUAAAAUUUGUAU